CCAACAUUUUUUGCAAAUGUGAAAAAUGGGGUUUCCUAUGGGUACACGUAAAAGCAACACACUUCACAUUCACAAACAAAUUUAUUAAAUGUUGAUAGUGGAACUAGGCUGCUACGUUUCUGAGAUCGAUGUUAGCGCUUAUACAAAAAGACGAACGGACACUGUUUUAUCUACAUGUAUUUAUGUAUAUAUUUUCAUUGAGUUUGAUGCCGAUUUGAUAGCUAACAAUAAAGUUUCAUACAUUUCCAUAAAUACAACACAAUAAGCGUGUGCCGUAAUUAAAGUAAAUACUUCAGCUUCCUUAAUGCAUUAAAUUGAGCAGCCAAUUUAAAAAGUACACUAAAUCCCUGGUCCUAAUUAUUAUUUUAGUCGGUUUGUACUCUACGUUCCUAUUUAUGACGAAGAGGUUACGAGUGGCAAUAUUUACUUUUGAAAAUAUCAUAUAAAUUAAAUACUUAUGUAAUAAUUAAAAUAUAUAAUUUAAAUAUGUUUACUUAAUUAUAAAGAUGAAUAUAUUAUGUUACAUAGUUAUCUUAAUGGUGGCUAUCAAUAAAAGUGUCACCUGUUUCGAACAGUUAACGGAAUCUAAUUUCUCUUUUAAAAAUCACUCGUUUCACAGUGUUAAUUCUCAAAGAACUAGUAAAUUUCUUUUUGAUACAAUUUUUCGAAUAAGCUCUGGAGUUUCAAGUGCCUUCGGGUUUGACCCAGAGGAUGAUACGGAAAAUAAUGAAAGCACUAAUCUUACAAAAUGCGAUUGCGAUUGUGGAUUUUCGAAUGAAGAAAAUCGCAUUGUCGGUGGAAAACCAACAGGAGUAAACCAAUUCCCAUGGAUGGCUCGAAUCAUUUAUGAUGGCAAAUUUCACUGCGGAGGAUCUUUGUUAACAAAAGACUACGUUAUUUCAGCAGCUCAUUGUAUAAAAAAAUUAAGAAGAUCCAAAAUCAGAAUUAUAUUUGGCGAUCAUGACCAACAAAUAACAUCUGAGUCGCAAGCAAUCCAACGUGCGGUAACUGCUGUUAUAAGGCAUAAAAACUUUGAUUCAGAUACCUAUAACAACGAUAUUGCAUUGUUGAGACUAAGGAAACCUAUAAUAUUUUCGAAAAUAAUUAAGCCAGUUUGCCUUCCUCGAUAUAACUAUGAUCCAGCAGGACGUAUAGGAACCGUCGUUGGUUGGGGCCGUACAUCCGAAGGAGGAGAACUACCUUCAAUCGUUAAUCAAGUAAAAGUCCCAAUAAUGUCUCUUGCAGAAUGCCGAACUCAAAAGUAUAAAAGCUCACGAAUAACGUCAACUAUGUUAUGUGCUGGAAGGCCUCAUAUGGACUCUUGUCAAGGGGAUAGUGGUGGUCCUCUCUUAUUAUCGAAUGGUGUAAAAUAUUUUAUAGUAGGUAUUGUAUCGUGGGGUGUUGGGUGCGGACGAGAGGGUUAUCCAGGCGUUUACACACGUAUAAGUAAAUUUAUUCCUUGGAUAAAAUCAAAUUUAGAAAAUACUUGCUUGUGUUCUUAGU